GUAACAAAAUUAUAAGCAUGAACAGUUUAACAAGAAAGUUGUUUUAUUGUGUUUUUCUAUUAUUCUACCUGGCAAAUAAACUAGAUGCUGUACUCAAUAAAUUGAUGACCGACGACAAUGCAAUUGACUUCGAUCGUUAUCUGAGAUAUGAAGAGAUCAUAGACCACUUAAACAAGGUCGCAUCCCGUCACAAAAGUGUGGCUAAAAUAGAAGAUUUUGGUGUAUCACACGAAAAUCGUCGUCUUGUGUUGAUUAAAAUUGCAAGCGCCACAAGGAAGAUUAAACCGCUUAUAUUUAUUGAAGCAGGGAUACAUGCAAGAGAAUGGUUAGCACCGGCGCAAGCUAUUUAUAUUAUCAAUCAACUAUUAGAAGUUUCGGAAAAUAAAGAAUUGAGAGACAAAGUGGAUUGGGUUAUCAUCCCAUUACUAAAUCCCGAUGGAUAUGAAUAUUCCCAUAGUGUUGAUCGGUUAUGGAGGAAAAAUCGCGCUAAGGGAAAACUUUGUGAUGGAGUGGAUCUCAAUCGCAACUUCGAUUUUCAUUGGUCCCAAACCGGCGCAAGCAACUACGAAUGUUCAAGCACUUAUGCGGGUGUUAAGGCGUUUUCUGAACCCGAAAGCUUUGCUCUUAGUAUGACUAUAAAAAAGUACGCGAGCCGGACAAAAUUGUACCUUAGUUUACAUACUGCAGAGCAAUGCAUCUUAUUCCCAUGGGGUUACACCUUGGACUCUGCCAAAAAUGACCAAGAGUUGAGACAUCUCGCUUACGUAGUUUCUUCUAAAGUGUUUAAUAUUAGCAAGACAGAGUACAGGAUUGGAACUUCUGCGCAAAUUUUAAAUGUAGUCUCUGGGUCAAGUCGGGAUUGGGCUUAUGGGAUCGCCAAUAUCUCACUCGCUUUUACUAUCGAGUUAGAAGCCUUUCUGCACCCACGACACGUAGACCGUUUUAUAAUGCCUCCAAAUAGGAUUUUUAAAGUGGUAUCCGAGAUGUUUGAAGGGAUCAAAGUGUUUUACGCAUUUAUUAGGGAUAAAUAUUGUGUACAUUGAAAUUAAAUAUACGCCUUGCGUCUGUUGUAUAUUGGUACCUAGUUACUAAGUAAUUCUGCA